GAGUAUAUCUGUAUUCUUUCUUCUCUUUACCCCUUCCAAACCCCACUAGAACCCGACGAAACCCUAAAACCAGUUCAGGCCCUCCUUCUCUCCUAUACAAAAGCUGUAAUACUUCUUGGAUUUCAGAUUUUUGCAGUGGCGAUGGAUAAUAUGAACUCCCGCAAUUACAUUCCGAAGCGUAAACGAGACGAAGAUUCUGACCAAUUCGAGAACGGUGAUUUUGAUAAUGUCGAUCUCUCCUUACUUGAAGCUGUAGAGAAAUCUCACAGCUCAAUCGAAGUUCUUGAUCUCAAAACCCUAAAAAAACUUGUAUUAUCCUUCGAACGAAGACUUAAAGAUAACAUUGAAGCUCGAUUGAAGUAUCCAGACCAGCCUGAGAGAUUUGCUGAUUCUGAAAUUGAACUCCAUGAAGAAAUCGAGAAGCUUAAAAUCCUUGCUGGUGGACCUGAACUGUAUCCUGAGUUAGUAAAUCUUAACACAGUUCAGUCGAUUCUUGGUUUAUUAGGUCAUGAUAAUACUGAUAUUGCUAUUGAUGUUGUUGGUUUACUUCAAGAUCUUACUGAUGAAGAUGUUUUAGAGGAUAAUGAUGAACCAGCUAAGAUACUUGUGGAUUCAUUAGUUGAAAACAAUGCUUUAGAGUUACUUGUUCAGAAUCUUAGUAGGCUUUCUGAAACUGAUCCUGAUGAAAUGACUGCUAUAUAUAAUACACUUGCAACUAUUGAAAAUAUGGUUGAGGUUAAACCAGCUGUAGCUGAAUUAGUGUGCGAGAGAACCAAGCUAUUGAGGUGGUUAUUAGCGAAAAUUAAGGUUAGGGAAUUUGAUGGUAAUAAACAAUAUGCUUCGGAGUUAUUAGCUAUUCUUUUGCAGAAUAGUACAGCAAAUCAGAAGAGAUUAGGGCAAAUGAAUGGUGUAGAUGUUGUUCUUCAGGCUGUUUCAUUUUACAAGUCUAGGGAUCCUAAGAGUACCGAUGAAGAAGAAAUGGUGGAGAAUUUGUUUGAUUGCUUAUGUUGUUUGUUAAUGCCUGUUGAGAAUAAAGAGAGGUUCAUGAAAGCAGAAGGAGUCGAGUUAAUGAUUAUUAUUAUGAAGCAGAAGAAACUGGCUUACGCGUCUGCAAUUCGGGCACUUGAUUUUGCAAUGACAAAGUAUUUACCUGCUUGUGAGCGAUUUGUGGAUGUUCUGGGGUUGAAGACUGCAUUCGCUGCUUUCAUGGGUAAGAUUCCGUCAACCAAAAAAAAUAAGAAAGAAAGCUACCAGGAGGAACUAGAAGAGCGUCUCAUAUCUCUUAUUGCAUCAUUAUUCGGUGGCAUCAAAAGGGGUUCAAGAAGAGAAAGAUUGCUGAGUAAGUUUGUGGAAAAUGAGUGUGAAAAAAUAGACCGGCUUAUGGAGCUAUACAUACGAUAUUCUGAUAGAGUUAAAGCAGAGACGGAACGUAUGAACCAGCUUGAACUUGAUGAUUUAGAGAUGGAUGAGGACGAGCGCUACAACCGAAAACUGGAAUCUGGAUUGUACACUCUUCAGUUGAUUGCUGUCAUUCUUGGUCAUCUUUGGUCUUCUGAGCAUCCUCGAAUAAGAGCUAGAAUUGAACUACUACUGAAGCAACAAAAGUUGACGAGGAAAGAUGUGCAGGAUAUUCUUCAAGAAUAUCAUGACAAUAUUGGCGAUGUGGAUGGACCAGAAGAAAAAGAACAAGCACAGGCAAAGAUCCAGAAGUUCAUUUCUUCCUUUUGAGCAGCUAUGAAAUUUUGGAACAAUUUUGUCAAUUAGGUCUGGGCAUUGGAUGGAAGUAGUACCUGAUUAAAACUCCUACAGGUAUUGAAUUAUUUCUUCAAAUAUUCUGCAGUACGUUGAUUUAUGUAAAAGCUGGAAAAGCAUAGCUAGCUUGAUUGAGCUGGGCGACACCCGCGUACUGAGCAAUUCCCUGUUUAUUCUUUAUACGCAUAAUGUGAACUAAUUCUAAAUAGUAAAUUAUGUUAUAAUCUCCUGUUAAUUUC